AAAAUUGCCAUUUGUUCUUCAUGUCUGCCAAAAAGAAGGAAGUAAUAAAAAUAGACUGGAAAGUGACCCGGAAUGAAAUUGCUGAGGUGGAAGGGAUUCCUUUUACGACAAAAACUUAUGACAUAUGGGAUAAAAUUUGGACUUUCCAAGCCAAAUCUGAUGAUCUUCUCAUAGCAACAUAUGCAAAGGCAGGUACAACAUGGACUCAGGAGAUUGUAGACAUGAUCCAACAUGAUGGAGAUACCGAGAAAUGUAGACGUGCUCCCACUGCUGAACGACAGCCUUUUAUUGAAUGGGUUAUCCAUGAAAGUUUACCCUCAGGCCUGGAUCAAGCUUUAAAAAUACCUUCACCAAGGACACUGAAAACGCAUCUUCCUGUACAGCUAGUACCCCCAUCUUUUUGGGAGCAAAACUGUAAGAUAAUCUACGUGGCAAGAAAUGCCAAAGAUAAUGCAGUAUCUUACUACCACUUCCACAGAAUGAAUCAGAUUAUGCCUGAACCAGGAACAUGGGAAGAAUUUUUGGAGAAAUACUUAGCUGGAAAAGUGCUCUGGGGCUCCUGGUAUGAUCACGUAAAAGGAUGGUGGAGGGCAAAAGAUAAUCACCGUAUUCUCUACCUCUUCUAUGAAGAUAUCAAGAAGAACCCAAGGCGUGAAAUCCAGAAGGUGAUGCAGUUCCUCGAAAAGGACCUAGAUAAUGAAAUUCUAGAUAAAAUCAUCCAGCAUACACAAUUUGAGAUCAUGAAAGAUAAUCCCAUGGCAAACUAUACCGCUAUGCCUUCAGAGAUAAUGAACCAUAAAAUUUCCCCAUUCAUGAGAAAAGGAGCCGUUGGAGACUGGAAGAACCAUUUUACUGUAGCACAAAAUGAGAAAUUUGACAAAGUCUAUAAGCAGAAGAUGGCAGGAACUUCUUUGACUUUCUGCAUGGAGCUUUAAGAAGGAAUAUAUUCUCCAUUAUACCACUACCA